ACAGCCACUGCUGUUAAAACGUGUUGAUUAAAACAAUUUCCAUCUUGAAGAAAAAAAAAAACAACAACAAAUAAAUAAAAUGAUUCCCUUGUGUACGGUCGGACUUGAAUGCGCCUGGCGGCCGUAAUGCGCAGUGUAGACGCGCACCUCGACGUGCGGAGGGAGGGAGGAGGAAGUCGGCGCGACGCAACACCUGUUUGCACUUUUGCUCUUUGCUGCUCGACGCGUCAACUGAGGCGGGGGAGGCGUGAUAGGGGCCGCGGCGAAGCGCUGAAACAGAAGAAAGAAGAAGAAGAAAAAAAAAACACACAACACUCUGUAGCUCAGUUCGUAAAUAGACCCGCCUUCCCUCUGAAAAUAACCGCGGUGAACUGAAACAGGAAACUUGUGCGCAGCUUCAACUCUUGCAGCUCGCCCGAUGCGGGAUCUGACGCUCGAGCAGCGAAUUGGCAUCAGCCGCGCACAUCCUUAGCUCCGCGGCCGGAGGAGUCAGUGGAUAGAGAGGAUAAACAACCAUCAAUAAAAUCAAUAAUUAAACAAAAAGCAGACAGAUGACCUCCUUCUACGACGAACGGGACCUGGAGGAAGACCUGAGCCGAGCCAGCUGCCCUGAUGAGGAUUUGCAGUUUGAGUACUUGUUUGAGUAUGAGCCGCCUUGCAGCGACUUUGCAGGAGGAGAUCAAGAUGACCCUGGCCUUGCUGCUCACAAGGUGCUCAGUCCUGACCCUGAGCAGGCUUUCCCGCUGGACGAGCCGUACAGGAUCAAGGCGUGCGGCUCCCCGUACGCCGACCUGAACCCCAAAGUCCUCUCCGGGUACGAAAACCAGGAGGCCAGGAGCUACCUGGACAACACCCGGCCCGUGGGCCUCGCCCUGAGCCCCCGGAUUGAGAUCACCCCUUCCCGGGAGCACUACAGUCAGGGCCGGGACUCCCUGCCCAGCCAGCACCUGAACACCAGCCCCAGACCCACCCUCACAGUGCCUGGCCACGAAAACCUCGCCUACCGGGAGCCCCAGUGCCUGAGUCCCGCCAGCAGCAAUUCUUCCACCAGCUGGCACUCUGAGAACUACUCCCCCUGGGCGUCCCCCUGCGUGUCCCCCAGCAGCGGCCCCAACCCGGGGGAUCUCUGCCCCCGCAUGCAGAACAUCCACACCAGCUCCCCGCGCACCUCCCCAGGCACCUCCCCUCACACCAGCCUCUGCGAGGACGGCGGCCUGGGGGCCCGCUCGCCCUCGCCCCGGCCGCGCUCCGCCUCGCCGCAGGGCAAGCGCACCUACGAAAUGUACCGCAACCCGGGGCUGAUGACCGCGCCGCGCUCCCGCAGCCCGUCGCCACACAGGGGGGUGGAUGAUCUCAGCAUGGGAGCUCACUUCACACACCCCGGCCUCGUUGAGGGCGUGAACGGAUUCGGCAGCGGUCAGCCCGGCCUGGUGCCCCCCAAAAUAGUGAAGACGUCCAACCAGGUUUACGCUCUGUACCCGGAGAACCACGGAGACGGGAACUACUUGCUGCCCUGUGACCAGGACGGUAAAUCCAAACCCGCGGAGCCAAUCUUUGUCAUCCCAUCAAUGUGGCCCAAGCCGCUCGUUCCAAGCAUCUGCAGCCUCCCGUUGGCUUCGCUCCCGCCGCUGGAAUGGCCCCUCCCCAAACGCACGGACCAGUAUGAGCUCCACAUCGAGGUGCAGCCCAAGCCGCACCACCGGGCUCACUAUGAGACCGAGGGAAGCCGGGGGGCCGUCAAAGCACCCACAGGAGGGCAUCCAGUAGUGCAGUUGCAUGGCUACAGAGGCAAGGAUCCACUCGGCCUGCAGAUUUUUAUCGGCACGGCAGACGAGCGCAUCCUGAAGCCGCACGCUUUUUAUCAAGUUCAUCGGAUCACUGGCAAGACGGUCACCACCAACAGCUACGAGAAGAUCGUCCACGGCACAAAAGUCCUGGAGAUCCCGCUGGAGCCCAAGAACAACAUGAAAGCCAUAAUCGACUGCGCCGGCAUCCUGAAGCUCAGGAACGCCGACAUCGAGCUGAGGAAAGGCGAGACGGACGUCGGCCGGAAGAACACCCGGGUGCGUCUGGUGUUCCGCGUGCACAUACCUCAGCCCGGAGGUCAGCACGUGUCUCUGCAAGCGGCCUCGCAUCCCAUCGAGUGCUCCCAGCGCUCUGCACACGAGCUUCCCAUGGUGGAGAAGCAGGACAUGGACAGCUGCUCCGUCCUGGGCGGCCAGCAGAUGAUCCUGACCGGGCAGAACUUCAGCUCCGACUCAAAGGUCAUCUUUCUGGAGAAGACUCACGAUGGCCAGCAAAUCUGGGAAAUGGAAGCAACGGUGGACAAAGAUAAGAGCCAACCUAGCAUGCUGUUUGUGGAAGUGCCGUCUUACCGUGAUCCGUCUGUGUGCCAACCCGUCAAAGUUAACUUCUAUGUUAUCAACGGCAAACGGAAGCGCAGCCAGCCUCAGCAUUUCACCUUUACCCCACUGACAUCUCCUGCCAUAAAAACAGAACCUCUAGAUGAAUAUGAAGCACAGAGUAUGGGCUUUGGUAUUCCUCAGAUCUUGGGCUUAUCACCUCAGUCCUACUACCACAGCCCUCGCAGUAUCCUCCACCCAGACAGCGGCCUUGUGUCCGGCAUGGCCUCCUGUCAACGUUUCAGCUCCAGCCUUCCGGGCCAAGACGCGCGUUUCCAGCAACAGAGCCCGGCUAUCGUCUACUCUCGAGGCGGAAAGAGCCUCAGUGGAAGCCCCAGCACGUGGCACACCGGCGGCGGCGUGCCUGACCCUCACCGGUCGGUCCUGGUCCACACAGGUUCACCAGCUCAGCCUGUAGGUCCCAUCAGCGCAGGCCAGCACCCUUCUAUUAUCCAGUUCUCUCCCACCAACCACCACCUUCUCACAGCUGGAGACACGGAGACUCUCCCUCCUCCUCAGCCUGAGAACCAGCAUAUCCUCUUCUGCGACGGCUACCCCCAACAGGCGGCCUCCCAAUCCCCCGGACACCCCCAAGGCCAGGCACCCCUCACUCACCAGCAGCCAUGUCCCACCGUCAUUCAGCAGCAGCCGUUUGGGCAGAAGGAGCCCCAAAAAGCUCGGCUGUCGCCUGGGACGCAGCCGGCGGAGGCGGCGGGAGACGGACAAAGGAGGGUGACGAUCAAGGAGGAGAACUUGGACCAGGCCUACCUAGAUGACGGUGAGUUGAACGAGAUCAUCAGAAAGGAUCUGACGGGCGUCCAGGCCAGAGGUCACACAUAGACGGCCGUGCAAAGCAGGAAGCGGCAGCCUCCUUCCCCUUCCUGUGCUGCCCACAGACAGACACGCAUCAGUGCAAUCAUCUGCUCUCCAGCAAGGUGGCGCUCCUCCCCCCCUCCCACCCCCUCUUCAACAAUAACUCUCGCGGUCAUUGUUUUCUUUAAAUAUAAACCCCCCGAAAACGUCAGCGCCUGGUUGCCGUGUUUGCUUUGGACGGUUUCCUGCAAUAAACACUUUGCAAACACGGGAGUUCAUUUUACCCAUAGCGUCUGCCACCAGCACCACCAGGGAUUACUGAGGAAUCACAGGGACAUGCACCUUAUUUUUGAUGAAAAAUCUUUACAAGUUCAACCUCAGAAACCAUCAGAGAGAGAGAGCAAAGGGUGAAAUAAAGGGAAAUGAUCUCUUAAAUGUGUCCUUAAAACAGCUUUUAUCCACUCUGUUCAGGCAAUAAACUCACACUUCUGGCCUUAUAAUAGCAAAGAUGUGGUUUGCAGCAUACAGCUGGUUCACCAAAAAAAAAAAAAAAAAAGAGUAACAGGUUAAUGCUAUACCACAAAGAAAAGCACAAACCAAUGUUUUCUUGUGGCUUGUUAUAUUGCCAGGUCUACUUGCACAAAGUGUUCAUUUGUCUGUAACCUUCUGUAGAUUGUCCAAAGCCGAUCAUCUCAUUUUGAGUGCAGUUGUCUGCUUGGAGACAAACGCACACGGCCUAAUGUAGAAAUGAACUAUUGUGACACUGCCUAUUAUGCACUGUUUUAAAAUAGAGGGUGGUCAAUGUUAUGACUUCUAUCAUUUGACUUGGAGUAAAUUAAUAUUUAAUGCUUCUUCUCAAUAGCAUUCAUUAGCCUACAGCAACUUCUGAUGAAACAAUAUUACAUGUAUCCCUGAGCACAUCAUGGGCCAAAAGUGCCACAAUCCUAUAAAUAAAUGUGAUAAAUCUUUUUUUUUAAAUGCGUGAUCAGUUUAAUAAAUAAAAUAGCAAUAACUAAAAUUAAUGAAUAAGUAAAGUAUCAGUAAUUAUUUCAAUGUUUCAGUUUGUUUAAUACAUUUAAAUAGGUACAUGUCAAAAGUAUUAACAUUUGAACUCAUGUGUUUAAAAUUAUUUGUAAUAAAUUCAGUAUUAGUUAAAUUGUCUAUCAUGAAACAACUUAAACUGUCACUUUGACACAGCUGAGAGAUCGUAACAUCUGAUUGGUUAACAGCUGAGAGAUCGUAACAUCUGAUUGGUUAACCUGCUCAGCAGCUCAUUUGCCAAUCACGCUGUCAACAGCGAUGUUGGCCUCCAUAUACAGCAACCCAAGCCUUUAAAUAAAUAAACAAAAGUACAUAAUAACGUAACUAUUUGCUUUUAACUUAUGAUUAAUAUACAUUUUAUUCAUUUACACCAACUAUUUAAAUAUCAAUACAUAUAUUUAUUAGGGGUGUAACGAUACAUCGAUCCACAUCAACAUAUCAAUUAAAUGAUCCAUUUACGUCAAUGCAAAAUGAAACCAUUGAUCCACAUUGGCAUCUUUAAGAUAGGCCUUUAUUUUGAAAUUCACAAGACUAUAGUGAACAGCUAACUUAUCAUCAUUAUUAUUUUUUAUAAUUAAAAGAAUGCUGUCUGAUUUAAAGGGCUGAUGCCUGUAAGGGUUUAGGAAUAAAAUAGUAAAAUCACAUUUGAGUUUUGUGAGUUAUCAAUGUAAAUAAUUGUUAGAUGGGCAGAUUAUAUUGCAUCAUUUAAUUUGCAGACUUGUGAAUUGAAUUUAAUGGAAAUUGUAUUGUGACAAACGUUGUGAUAUCGGCAAACAUCCUAUCGUCAUCUUAGCUAAUCGAUGUGGCAUCGCAUCGUGAUAAAACUGCCGAUUUACACCCCUAAAAUUUAGAUAUUUUUAACUUAAACAUUUCAAUGUCUAUAAAUACUUAACAAUAUUUGUUUUUUUUUCAGAUUGUGGCACUUUUUAGCCGGUGAUUGCACAGGUUAAAAUUUGGUCUUAAUCAUUUUUUCUCUGAAUCUAAAUAAAAAUGCCCAUCUUGCAUUUUUCCAUUCCCGAUGACCUCUGUGGUUUUUAUCCACAGCCUAUAGAAAUGCACCCGAAGCUUAAACUGAGUAUAUCGUUCUGUAUAACCCUUAUUUUCUUUGCAGUAAUAAUCGUUAUACUAAAAGCUGCCUAUGCAAAGCUUCCCGUUUGCAGAUGUAAGGGGCGUGCGUAUUAUCUGUAAGCAGCAGCAUCAUUUUUAGGGAGGUGGUGCUGCAACACUCACUCAUAUAUUAAUACAGCUCAUUUUCAUUGAGACAGCACUAUUUUAUUUUUGAGACAUCUAAUUUCACUGUGUAACAGUGGCUAAAAAAGUGAGUUAUGUUACUGUAAUAAAGGAAAUGUAAAGUGAACUAUCCAAAGUGAAAUAUAAGACGUUUUUGAUAUGUUCCAUAUUGAAGAUGGUCAUUGUAGAAUGUCAUAUUGCAUCUAAAAUUUGAUAUUUAAUAUUUCUCAUUGAGCCAGCAGAGCACAAAUGCAUUUGACUUUAAAUGAAUGUAAUCUGUAUUAAAUGGUUCCCCCUUUUUCUGUAAAUAAGAUACCUUUUUUUAAGAAUGUCUGAAAUGGAAGCAAUAUGCUGUUUUUUUUUUUAAAUAUCAUUUAUCUAAAAUAGAGCUCAGUCAUGAUUAUGUUCUCAAUUUUCUGAAUUAUCAUUGAUCCAUCCAUAAUAGUUUUCUUUGUUUUUAUUUUCACAAUAUUGAAACCUUUACUAACUGAUGGAUUAUUAAUGCUGUACUUCAUUAUUUUUUUUGUUUGUAGAUGUCUUGUAUAUGUUUCAGUAUGACUCUUUGUGCCUCUUUAAAAAAAUCUCUUCUAAUGGUAUUUUUGUAUUCAGGAUGUAAUCCCUGUUUUUGUUUUUUCUAAAAUGUACUAUUUUUUUGAACAACUACAGUACAUUUCUGAUAGAUUUUAAAUAAAAGAUGACGCAAUAAAUAAAGCUUUAUCAUUAUCAUAAAAGGACUACGACACUACAUCAGAUCAAGUGGUGCAACUGUACUGGUAAACGAUGCAUAACUGUACAAUUAAAUUCCUUUGAGUCAU